CAUGAGCUCAGCAGAAGUGCAAGAUUUUGUACAUGUCCAAAGUUAUUUUGUUAACAAAACGACGACGACCAGUAGUCUUCUUCUUCUUUUUGACUCUUGGCAUUUGUGGUUGGUAAUAAUAAUGCCAAAACUGAAAAGAGUGGAAUGUCUGAGUGAGUAAGUGAGAGAGAGACGUGAUUCUCCUUACACGACUUUUGUGGACCUCGCUUCUUCUCCUGCCCAUCUUUAAUGGCGUGCUGAAUGCAAUUUGUACAUCGUAUUAACAUCAUUGUCAUUUUAUUAGUUGGACGUCUUCGAGUGAGUGAAUUACUUUAAUUCUGGUGCAGGUUUGGUCAAUAGAAGAAUAAGUGAAAUGGUUUCAUGAACAUGGAAAAGUGUUUGUUUGGGAGGAGUGGGUUUUCAUGCGGUAUGGAAAAGUGAAUGAUUUUAAGCGUUGUAUUGUUACGGGCAAUUUUGAGAAAUAAAUAAGUGCGUGUUUUUUUUUACCAGUGCGGUGCAUAGUGGAAAAAGUACUCAAGUGUCAUUGUUAUUGUUGAACGCGAUAUGUUUAAUGAUGCGAUGUGACGCAUUGUAAAAACAAAUAUUGUGGUCACCUACGACUCAUCCGGUGUGUAAAAGGGAUCAAUGGCAUGCAGUUUAAAAUCUGCUGGUGCGCAGAAUGUAAUUCAAUUAUUGUGUCCAAUCGUGCAUGCAAAAUAUUCAAGAAUGUACAAAUUCUGAAAAACUUUAUACAUAUUUACAAUAUUCAGAUUCCUAUUUAAGUGAUCUCCCAUCUCGUGAUUCUUUUUAAAAAAUGUACAAAAAAAUAUCGGUCGCGUUAUGCAUUGUGAUUUCCCUGUUUUUCAUCGUACCUCUGAUCUACCUCUGGCUGACGAUGGAGUCAAGCCCACCGUCCGGCGUUAUCAAAGGUCCCUUCAUAGCUGUCUACUUAAGAAACUUGACCUCCUUAAAUAACUCUGCCGUUCUUUUGUACGAUGUCCCAAACUCUGACUUUGUCCUGGACCGGUACCUCUGGGAGUGGAACAAUGGAUCGUCUGACGCACAAUUUCGCCAACCGCAGCAUCAGCAAAAAUCUAUUUUACUAGAGUGUCAUUCCAAUGUCCCUGUAAAAUUGGAGUACAGAGGAGAAGGGGGUCUCGUCUCUGAAAUGAGACAUCAUAACCGACGGGAAAUUAAGUCAUUUGACGAUAACUCGACCUACUGGUUUACCACGUCCGUAGAAAUGCUAAGCAUUAAUGAGCAAAUUACCGGGAAAUAUUUCUGUUCAGUAAUUGAACCUCCUUCCGGAGGAGAAAUUGGCGUCUUUCUCCACAUCUUUGUCAAAGGCUACAAAACUUUUAUAACGAGCGACGAAGUGCGCCACGAAGUCGAGCCGGAUGAAGAAAUCGUGAUCCCAUGUCCGAUUUCUGAUCCCGAUAAGAGCGGAGCCAUCACGUUACGAGAACUUUUACAACCGUUAAAUAAAGAAGUUUACCACAUCGUGGAUCCACACAUCGUCACAGAAUUUGAUCCCAGGAUCGGGUUUAAACUGGAGGCAAACCAUUACGGGUCGUAUCUUUGUGUAGAUUCUGCUAAUUCAGAAACGGCUGGAAUUGUCAAAAUUUUCAAGCCGAGAAGGCUCGUCGUGGAUGGUAAAUAUCUGACGAGGUCAAUCACCAAUGUUCCCAUACCGAAGAACGACCCCGCCCUACGCGUUCUGUGUGAAGCGACGGAAAAUGUGACGCUGAAUUUUAUAAAUUUUCUCCCCUUUAAGAGGAGACAAGUCCCAUAUUACAAUGACUCCUCGACCUUUCCGCACACAUCCAGAAUUAUUCUGAGGAACGAGUGGUUCUCCAAUUUUUCUACGGUAGAAUGUCUAACUGUUCAGGAUGAGAGAGUUUUAAGGGUCUGGACGUAUGUUAAAAAAGAAUCCUCCGAUAAGACAAAUUUUAGGUUUGACCCGGUCCGAAAGGGAUACGAAUGCUGUACCGAUCCCGGGAUCAUCCCACGCCUCACGCAAGCCACGUGUUACACGCAAACUGAAUGUGACAUGAAGAGAAGUUGCGUCAAGUUGGAUAAGAAAUGUCCACUUCCUGCGAUUUUAAAUCAGCCCAUCUACGAAGGAAAUGUAGGAUGUGCGGUGGCAAAGGUGGAAAAUAAUCCGUCAGGAUUACUGGAGUGUUCGUACGGAAAUUCUACAAAGACAUAUCUCUACAUUUACAACAGAAGGACCGGCUUCAACACAGAUUUUACAUCGUCCGAUUUCCGCAAGAAAAAUGUACCCCUGAACAAAAUGCUACGCGUCGUGCAGGAUUUUUCAGUAUCAUAUGCUAAGGACGUCGCAACGUUUAUAUGUUCUGGCCCAAAAUUCUUCUUCGCAAACGGGUUUCAAUGGGCCUUGAAAGCAGGAAAGUUUGGAGCGAUAGAACAUCUUCCAAACCAGAGUGAAAUUGACGAAAUUAGUGACGAAGCUACUGAAUCGGUGCAACUUCCGGUGUCAAAAGUGGAGUCGAAAACAGUGAUAUGUUUCGCCCCGCUGCUCUACUCGCACGACUGGGUCAACGCCACGGUCAAGUAUCGCAGCAGUAGCAAAUCUGCACCAUCCUCGACGGAAUACGACGAUACGAUUUAUCUCUAAUUUAUUUUUAUUUAUUUCUCAACCCCACAAACCACCACCUACCGAAUCGUGCCAAUUUUGAGGAAAUCUCGUAUUUAAUAUAUGAUUAUUAUUAUUUAACUAAUUACACAAUUAUUUAUAAUCGAGUAACAAAACAACGCUUCGGUUGUGUUCAAUGCAAUGUAAAUAUUCAGAGAUGCUUUAUAUCAUGAGAAACAUAUUUACUACAAAUGUCAUGUUUACUAGUCGGAUGAUAAGUUAUAAAUGAUAAGACACAAACAAAACGAAUA